AUGAACCAACAGAGCAACUUGACAAACCAAAACCGAGAUUCUCAGAAAGAGAUCAAGAUCGUGAAAGAGACCAACUACUCUUAUCAAGUGAACCCAGUUGAGAAGAUGAUAACACAAAGAAAAGUAAAAAGCAGAAAAGGCGAGGGAAGAAUUCAAUUAGCCAAGCGGGUCAAUCGGAAAACCAACAAUGUCGAAAUGAAAUUCGAAGUUAGUGACAAACGAAAGAAACAGAUGCGGUAG